ACUUAACGACAAAAUUUUUCUUAUCAACCAAUUAUUAAUGAACAGUUGAAUGUGAUUUCUCAGGGGAAAAAACCCGUAUUAAUAUUUACCGUGCGCGCCGUGAUUUUGUUAAUAGAAAUUCACCAACACAUAAUUUCUCAACGUGUGUGCAAUUAAAAAAUAAUAAACACAGUGAUUUCCCUGCCCUUCUGGAGGUCAGAAAAAAGUUGAAAAAAAUCAUUCGGCUUUUGUUUUCCUUCUCUUAGUGACUCAGCACGUCUUAUCAACGGUUUUGGAAGUCGUGACGUGUUAACGUGUCCGGGCACUUGUGAAAGAUUAGGGAAAGUUAUAAAACGGGGAGAGAGAGUCCAAUAAGUCGAGAGUUCGAUUCGUCUGUUUUGGAAUUAUUGAGGAAAUUCUGGUGAUGGCUCCGAAAGUCGUUGUUAAAUCCCCCAAAUUGAAGUACACUGAGGACUUCAUUGAGGCGGAAUAUGACUACCAGACGACGAGGGUGGACACACAGGGGGAUGGAGAAACAAUAACUGUAUCACCAGAGUCGACAUCGCUCCUAAUCCGCACCGAGUCCAAGGUCCCCAAACUGGGAGUGAUGCUGGUGGGCUGGGGAGGGAACAAUGGUACCACAAUAACCGCAGCCCUCCUCGCUAACAAAUUGAAGCUGUCCUGGGAUACAAAGGAGGGCCCGAAGACAGCCAACUGGUACGGAUCCCUCACCCAGGCAUCAACGGUUUGGCUAGGAACCUCCGGUGACAAAGAAAUUUACACCCCCAUGAAUUCUCUCCUCCCAAUGGUGGAUCCUGACUCGAUUGAAAUCGAUGGCUGGGAUAUUUCCGAUUUCAACAUGGCCGACGCCAUGAGUAGGGCCCAGGUCCUGGAUAUCAACCUUCAGAAGCAACUAGUGCCUCACAUGGAGCAGUUGAAACCCAGGAAGAGUAUUUAUUACCCCGAUUUCAUCGCUGCUAACCAGGAGUCUCGAGCAAACAACCUGAUCCCCGGAACGAAGCAAGAGCAGCUGGACCGGAUCCGCAAGGACAUCUCCGACUUCAAAUCCACGAAGAACCUCUCAAAGGUAAUAGUCCUCUGGACAGCGAACACUGAGCGUUUCUCCUCAAUCCUCCCCGGUGUAAACGACACAGCGGAGAACCUUCUCUCCUCGAUCGCAUCGAAUCACCCUGAGAUAAGCCCCAGCACAAUGUUUGCCGUGGCAGCGGCUCUGGAGAACUGCACCUACAUAAACGGCUCGCCCCAGAACACCUUCGUCCCCGGGGCUGUGGAACUCGCCGAGAAAACCGGCACCUUCAUCGCCGGCGAUGACUUCAAAUCCGGCCAGACCAAGUUGAAGUCAGUUCUCGUCGAGUUCCUGGUGUCAGCGGGAAUAAAGCCCGUCUCCAUUGCCAGUUACAAUCACCUGGGGAACAACGACGGCUACAACUUAUCAGCGCCACAGCAGUUCAGGUCGAAGGAGAUCUCCAAGAGUAACGUUGUCGACGACAUUGUCGAGAGCAACCGAAUCCUCUAUGGGGAGGAGGAGAAGCCGGACCAUUGCAUUGUCAUCAAGUACCUGCCCUACGUGGGGGACUCCAAGCGAGCGAUGGAUGAGUACGUGUCGGAGAUCAUGCUGGGGGGCCACAACACGAUCAUCGUCCACAACACCUGUGAGGACUCCCUGUUGGCGAGCCCCAUCAUCCUGGACUUGGUGAUCCUGGCGGAGUUCUGCUCGAGGGUCUCCGUCAGAAGGAGGGAGGCCGAGGGUGAGGACUUCCAAAGCUUCAGCAGCGUUCUAUCGUUGCUGUCUUACCUCUGCAAAGCUCCUCUUGUGCCCAAGGGUGCUCCAGUCGUCAACGCACUCUUCAAGCAGAGGGCAGCUAUUGAAAAUGUCCUCAGAGCCUGCCUCGCCCUGCCACCCGUCAAUCAUAUGUUGCUGGAGCACAGGAUAGCGCUCGGGCAUUAGGCAAUGAGGAGACUGUAAGUAGUGAGGAUACUUUUGAUACCUGCUGUGCAUUUCAGGGAGGGGAGGUGUCUUUGAGUGGAAUCAGGAUGGGGGUUGGGGACUUUAGUGGCGGGAGGGGCUCCAGGGUUCACUAGUUUUUUAUAAGAAUUUUUUGAAAAUGCCAUCUUGAUUGUUUUCAUUUUUUAAGCCUUAAGAAAUGACAAUCAAUUGGUCUUCUGGUUUUUAAUCCUUCUGAAAAACGGGUGAAAAUGUUUGAUGUUUUAAUGAAAAAAAAAAUUAUUGGAAGUGUUUUAAAAAUCUGUUCCACUCAAUGACAUGAAUGUAGUGCAUUCUAUUUAGCUAUACCUAGAUAGACUAAUCAGAGAAUUAAAAAUUGAAACAAUUUGAAUUGAUUAUGAAUUGACUAAUUAAUGAAUUAACUAAUUACCAGUAGAUGAUGAUUUGUCGUUUGGAAUUCUGUUGAAGAAAUUUCCAUUCUAGUUAUUUUGAUGAAUUUGCCAUGGAUUGAUAAUUGAAGUAACAGUAAUAAAAGUAUAUUUAUACAACAUAGAGCAUUCUAUUUUCGUGCAGUGAUGGAGGUGGUGAUAAAAAAUGAAUGAAGGACCAAGUAUUCUCGAUCAAUUCUUCUACACGCAAUAUCAAACUCCAGUAUUACCUAGUAUUUUUUUACUGUUUUUCGAAAAAAAAAUAAAGCAUAUGGUGAUCUGUCUACAAUGGGAGGGCAAUGAAUUCAUGUAUUUGAUGAAUGAUUUAGUGAUGUUGGUAAUUAGACGGUAAAAUUACUGUAGACAUUAAUGUAACAAUUUUGGGUUUUUCGAUUGUAUCAAAGUUUGGUGUUCAUAAUAAAGAGAAUCUGAAAUGCUGAAUGUAACAA